UCAAAUUUUUAUCUGCUUUUAUCGUCGUAAACAGUUCUUUUCAGAACUAAAAAUUUCCUUUAAUCUCUUCUGGCUCUAUCGACACCAAGAUCAGAUAUAUCUGUGAGGUAACAACAUCAAUCCAUCCAUGGUUACCAUGGAUACAUUGGACGAUUUGGUAAACAAAAUUGAUGAGCAACUAAAGGCAGCUCUUAAUAUCAUUUCAUCUGGCAAAUCUCUUAAAAGACCGAUCAAUAACAAUGAAUUCAAAACUGUCGAAAUGAUUUUCGAGCAAAUCACAACCUUUUCAACGAUCAUCAAAGAAAAUGCCAAUUUGAUUUCUAUGGAUAAUCUCAACAAAAAAUUUGAGGAAGUCAAAACAUUUCCCCAAUCUACACCCAGUUUUGCAGAUAUCGUCAAGCUUGAACAAAAAGUCAUCUCUAAUAAAUCUUCUGGUCCUGUUGAAAAAACACUGAUAAUUUCAGCUAAAGAAAAUACAAACAUUCUGGAUUUACAACAACAAGUACAUGGACAUAUCCGUGCAAUGCGUUCAAACAAAAACAAAACUAAGAUCAAUAAAAUUAUUAAAUCCCGAAAUGGAAUUAUCAUCAAAACACCAUCUACGAACGACUUGGACAUCUUGAUCGCCGAAUUCCAAAAACAAGAUAUUAUCAACAACAAUGCCAAAAUAUAUCAAGCCAAAGCGUUUGAUCCAACUAUUGUGCUCAAAAAAGUUGAUAAAAUGACUGACCACGACAAUAUUUCCCAAAUCCUUUGUGAAAUGAAUCCUGAAUUGGAAGGAUGCCAAGAUGAUAUUAAGCUACUAUUCAAUAUUAAAACAACGACUGUUCCACACCACGAUCUUGUACUAAGAGUCUCACCGAAAGUGUACAACAUCAUCAAAAAACUAAAUCAUGUCCACACUGACCUAGAAGUAGUGCAAAUAAGAGAUCGUGUUCUGGUCAGAGUGUCCAAAUCUUCUGGUGUGCAAAACCUGUGGAAACACAGGCCCUCAUCAAUGUGA